AUGCAAAAAAAUCUCCAGGUUCAGGAUAGCAAUCAUAAGUACCCACAAAUAAAAGCUGUAAAUAGAAAGAUCCCAUUCCAUCGUAACCUUAACUCAGGCACAAGCUUAGAUCUGCAACUCGAUAAAAGCCCUGUUACAAUAAAAAUCAGGAAAACGAAGUCACACCACUUCAAUUGAGCAGAGAUACCCCCGGCAAGCCCUAAUCCUGCCAACAAUGAAAAUGGCAACAAAGUUAGGAGGUUGAAAUCGUUUAAUUUAAGGGAUGAUAAUCUAGAACUUGAUUUGAUGAAAAAAGCCAAUUCAAGCUCGAAAAAGAUUUAUCAGAUCAGGAGCAUUCAAGCAAAUCUAGCUAAAUGAAGCCUUCCCGCUUCACCAAGCAAAACAGCCAUCCCUACAUGGGAAAAAGAGCAACAGCCUUCAGAUUCAAAAAAUAAUAAAGAUUCAGGCGAAGGAAAUCAAAAAUCAGUGAAAAUCCAAAAGUUGAAUUGAAUUACCAAAAUCGUAAGCAACGAUCAAAAGAAAAAUACGAAUCUUCAAAAUUGAUUUGAAGAGGCAGAAAUUGAUGAAGAAAAAAAGACUGAAAAGCUACUUCAAGCACUAAAUAUAUAUUUCAACUAG